AUGGCCACUACUGCUCCCUCAUUGAAGAGCGCCGAGGACUUCCUGUCCUUUGUGAAUGCCUCUCCGACCCCCUUCCACGCCGUCAAGUCUGCAAAGCUGCGCCUGGAAAAAGCUGGGUUCAAGCCUAUAAAGGAACGCGAUUCUUGGGCCUCCAAGCUGCAGCCCGGCGAGAAGUACUAUCUCACCCGCAAUGCCUCCUCCAUCGUGGCCUUUGCCAUUGGCAACAAGUGGAAGGCUGGAAACCCCAUAGGCAUCAUCGGAGCCCACACCGACUCCCCAUGUCUCCGCAUCAAGCCGGUCUCGAAGCGCCAGAGCGAUGGCUUCCUGCAAGUGGCCUGUGAGACGUAUGGUGGAGGACUAUGGCAUACCUGGUUUGAUCGGGAUCUCAGCAUCGCCGGACGUGCAAUGGUGAAGACAAAGGACGGGUCGAUUGAGCAGCGCCUGGUGAAGGUCGACAGGCCCAUCCUGCGCAUCCCCACCCUGGCUAUCCAUCUCGAUCGCCAGGAGAACUUCCAGUUCAACAAAGAGACUCAGCUGUAUCCCAUUGCCGGUCUUGUAGCUGCCGAGAUGAAUAGGCAGGGCAAGACCGGCGACGAGAAGGAGGAACCCAAACCGGAACAUGGUCCAUUUGAGCCCCUUCAAACGCCCGCCGAGCGACACCACCCUUACAUUGUCGACAUUAUUGCUGAAGAAGCCGGCGUGAAGCCUGCCGACAUCUUGGACUUCGAAAUGGUGCUCUACGAUACCCAGAAGUCCGUCAUCGGUGGGCUGAACAACGAGCUGAUCUUCUCAGCCCGGUUGGACAACCUCGUCAUGUCCUUUUGCAGUGUCCAAGGCCUGAUUGCCUCCGUAGCGUCACCAUCCGCUCUAGACAACGAUUCCACAAUCCGCCUCAUUGCGCUAUUCGACCACGAAGAGAUUGGAAGCCAGACAGCCCAAGGCGCCGACUCCAAUCUCCUCCCGGCUGUCAUCCGCCGGCUGUCGGUCCUCCCUGCUUCUGACUCCAACUCGGACAAGUCAUAUGACAAAGUCGAGGCUGAAUCUGCAACCGCGUAUGAGCAGUCGCUAUCGACGUCUUUCUUAAUCUCCGCUGAUAUGGCGCAUUCUGUUCACCCUAACUAUCCUGCUAAAUAUGAGUCGGCUCAUCGCCCAGAGAUGAACAAAGGUACCGUUAUCAAGAUCAACGCCAAUGCCCGCUAUGCGACAAACUCUCCUGGCAUUGUGCUCCUCCAGGAAGCAGCACGCCGGGCCAAGAAGACGUCCAUUAGCAAGUCGUCGGCUUCACACGGCGUGCCGUUGCAGCUGUUCGUUGUCCGCAACGACUCAUCUUGUGGAAGCACAAUUGGGCCGAUGCUGUCCGCAGCUCUGGGAGCCAGAACGUUGGAUCUCGGCAACCCGCAGCUGAGCAUGCACAGCAUUCGCGAGACAGGGGGCGCGCACGAUGUAGACCACGCGAUCAAUCUAUUCGAGAGUUUCUUCGAGAAUUUCCAAGAGCUUGAGGCACAGAUUCUGGUGGAUUGA